AACCACGAGUCGGGUCGGAUGACUCCCCUAACCAACCCAUUAAAUUGAUCUCCAAAAACGAAAACCGUCAGUGUAUUCUUCUCCCUCGCUGUACGAUUACAUCAUCCAUGGCAUUUCCCUACUUGGAAGCCGUUGUUGGUUUCAUGAUAUUAAUGUACAUAUUUGAGACUUACCUUGAUGUACGACAACAUGUGGCUCUUAAAUUGCCAACACUUCCAAAACCUCUGCAGGGAGUAAUCAGUCAGGAAAAAUUCAAGAAGUCCCAGGCGUAUAGUCUCGACAAAAGUUAUUUCCAUUUUGUCCACGAGUUUGUUACCAUAUUGAUGGACUCUGCCAUCCUAUAUUUCCGGAUAUUACCUUGGUUCUGGAAGAUAUCAGGAGAUUUUCUGAUAUACCUUGGUCUCAAUGCAGAGAAUGAAAUAUUUCAGACACUAGCAUUUUUAGCUGGAGUUAUGGUUUGGUCACAGAUAACUGAUUUGCCAUUUUCGCUGUAUUCGACUUUUGUGGUUGAGGCCCGCCAUGGUUUCAACAAGCAAACAGUAUGGUUAUUCUUCAGAGACAUGAUCAAAGGAAUUGUUUUGGCAAUUGUAAUUGGUCCUCCCAUCGUUGCUGCCAUCAUUACUAUAGUACAGAAGGGAGGUCCUUACUUGGCCAUUUACUUGUGGGGAUUUAUGCUCGUUCUGUCUCUUGUUAUGAUGACUCUUUACCCUAUUCUGAUUGCUCCGCUUUUCAACAAGUUCACUCCGCUUCCAGAGGGAGAACUUAGGUCGAAGAUAGAAAAUCUGGCCUCCUCACUCAAAUUUCCCCUAAAAAAGUUGUUUGUCGUUGAUGGAUCCACAAGGUCGAGCCAUAGCAAUGCAUACAUGUAUGGAUUCUUCAAGAACAAGCGUAUUGUCCUCUACGAUACACUGAUCCAGCAGUGCAAGAAUGAUGAGGAGGUUGUUGCUGUUAUUGCACAUGAGCUGGGGCACUGGAAACUGAAUCACACAAUGUAUUCCUUCAUAGCUGUGCAGAUCCUCACAUUAUUGCAGUUUGGAGGAUACACUCUUGUUAGGAAUUCAAAGGAUUUGUUUCAGAGUUUUGGGUUUGAUACCCAACCAGUUCUUAUUGGACUCAUCAUAUUUCAGCACACUGUCAUACCUGUACAGCACCUUGUGAGUUUUGGUCUUAAUCUUGUAAGCCGUGCUUUUGAGUUCCAGGCUGACACUUUUGCUAAGAAGCUUGGUUAUGCUGCACCACUUCGAGCUGGUCUCGUGAAACUGCAGGAAGAGAACUUGUCGGCUAUGAACACAGAUCCGUGGUAUUCGGCUUAUCAUUAUUCUCACCCUCCUUUAGUUGAAAGAUUGGCUGCAAUUGAUGAAGCUGAUAAGAAGACAGAUUGAAAAAUACGUGGGCAUUUCACUGUUCAAUAUAGAGUUGGUUCUAUACUGCACCGCGGAACUGCAAGCAUACAAAACAAUAGGUGUGAUUUACUUCCCAAUGCCAUGAUUUUGUUGAUAUACAUCCACAUUAUAGUGUUGAACUAGGAAGGUUACUGGAGCUGCGAGGAGGAAUGACUUUAUGUUUUGGUUGUAUGAUUUACAGAAUUCGGGAGCUUCAAUUUUGCUGCUAGAGUUGGUCGAACUUUAGGGUCUAUAUAAUCAAAUGAUGGCGAUUCGAGCCUUCGAGAUGUAGAGCUUUCAAAUUGUUUUGACUGCAGAACUGCUAUACAUAUUAAGGAGCAUCCUUUUACUUGAAAACAAACAAUUGUAGGUGGUGAAUAGUCCUUGCAUUAAGGGGUACAGCUAGUGCUUCUCUUUUUAGUAAGUAAUUAGCGAUUGCUGUUUUCUUUAAAAGAUUUUUCAGGAAGCAUGUUAUAUUUGAUAAAUAGGGCACUCUGAUAUUAAAGAUAAUUAGCAUGUAAGUAGAUGGAAUUGUUGAGUGCCUAUUUUUAAUCAAUUCAUCUAUUUUGCUAUA